UACCGGUGUGACAGGCCGCGUGCAUUCCCCCUAGUGGAAAUAUCAGAGAGGCCUGUUAUUUAAGACUUGUCAUAGUGUUGAAUUUCUCCUUCCAGCCUUCACAACGGAUACCUCCGAGGAUUUACUGCUGCAGGCUGCGGACAUGAAGUCGAAUCAGUUAAACAUUAACCACUUACUCUCUGCGGUCGACAGUGAAAUGACUGUGGGCAGUGAAAAAGGUGAUCCCACCGAAAGACAGCUCUCCGUCAAACUGGAAGAUAAGGAGUUAUGGGGGAAAUUUAAGGAAUUUACCAAUGAAAUGAUCGUUACAAAAAAUGGCCGGCGAAUGUUCCCGGUAUUCCGUGUGAGUAUAAGUGGUCUGGACCCUAACGCUAUGUACACGUUGCUGCUAGACUUCGUCCAGGUGGACAACCACCGGUGGAAGUACGUGAACGGUGACUGGGUGGCCGGGGGAAAGGCCGAGCCAGCCGCCCCAAACUGUGUCUACAUUCACCCGGACUCUCCCAACUUCGGUGCCCACUGGAUGAAAGAGCCUAUCUCGUUCAGCAAAGUGAAACUAACCAACAAACUCAACGGAGGUGGACAGAUCAUGCUGAACUCCUUACAUAAAUACGAGCCCAGGCUUCACAUUGUCAAAGUUAACUCCCGGACACAGAAGAAAAAUAUCAUGACAUUCAGCUUCCCAGAAACUCAGUUUAUUGCUGUGACAGCGUACCAAAACGAGGAGAUUACAGCACUGAAAAUCAAACACAACCCAUUUGCCAAAGCAUUUCUAGACGCCAAAGAAAGACCUGACGGGCGAGAUUUCGUGGAAGACGGCGAAUCUCAGAGAGGCCUGCCUCAUCUAACGGGUACAUGGUUCAUCCCUCCGGGCAGUCACAGUUUUGUCCCUCCUCCGGCACACCAUCAGUUUGCCAACCCCCUUAACUUGUCCAACUGUGAUAGACUAAGUCUCCGGAACCACCGACCGUCCCCAUACCACAAUCCCUACCACCAAAGGCGGUCACCCCCUCAUGGAAGUUUUCCUCGAGAAGUUGGUCCAAAUAUUCCAGUUUUGAAUAUACCGGUUUCAGAUAACUGGCCACACAUGUCUGCCGGCAGUCAUAGCAUGUUAUCGAGUAACACAUCGUCUCCUCAAGGACAGUAUGGUGUAUGGAUGAGUGGGCCUGUGGGCAAUCUCUCACCCAAUCAGAGUUGUGCAAUGCCUUAUCUGCGGACCUCAGCACCUUACACUCUACCAACCACGUCGGCUGUUACAACAGUGUCGGGUCCGACGUUAUCGGGAUCUCAGCCAUCUUUCGAUCAUCCUUGUGACCUCGGUUCGUUUGCCGCUCCAUCCAGGGAGUCCGGACGAUCGAACUGGAGUCCAUUGACCCCACCUCCGAUAUGAUUAGCAUGUAUGGCUAAUUAACAUA